UUUUCAUGUUUCCAACAGGUCUCUCUUCCCCCCACGCCUCAGCCGCUGCCGCCCCGGAGGUCCGAGCCGCCCCCGAUGCGAACCCCGGCACCCCUCCAGGCACCCCUGCCAGGAAGAGAAAGUUGAGCCGCGGCGGCAGCAGCAGCAGCAGCCACGAGCGCGAGGACUUGGAGUCCGCCUCGUCGUCCUCGUCCGCCGCCUCCACGCCCCGCGACGCCGCCUCCCCGGCCGCCUCGGCCCUCGCCUGCCUCGGCGUGGCCGGGGCCUCCACCAGCCACGCGCCGGCCGUGCCCAAGAAGCUCCGCUUCGACGACACGCUGGAGUUCGUGGGCUUCGACCCGAAGAUGGCCGAGGAGUCCUCCUCGUCCUCCUCCGCCUCGUCGCCCAGCGCCGCCGCCCCGCAGCAGCAGCAGCAGCAGCAGCAGCUGAAGAACCGGAGCCUGCUGAUGUCGUCCGUGCCUUCGGCGCCUCACACCAACGGCCUCACCAAAGCCACCACCGUGUCCAGCUUUGCCGCCAGCAAGCCCGGCUCGGCGAAGAAGUUAGUCAUCAAGAACUUUAAAGAUAAGCCUAAAUUACCAGAAAACUACACAGAUGAAACAUGGCAUAAACUUAAAGAAGCAGUAGAAGCUAUCCAGAAUAGUACUUCGAUUAAGUACAAUUUAGAAGAACUCUAUCAGGCUGUGGAAAAUCUGUGCUCUUACAAGAUUUCUGCCAACUUGUACAAACAGCUGAGACAGAUUUGUGAAGAUCACAUCAAAUCUCAAAUUCACCAGUUCAGAGAGGAUUCGUUGGAUAGUGUUCUUUUCCUGAAGAAGAUAGAUAGAUGCUGGCAAAACCACUGUAGACAAAUGAUAAUGAUCAGGAGCAUAUUUUUGUUUCUGGAUAGAACUUACGUUCUUCAGAAUUCGAUGCUUCCCUCCAUUUGGGAUAUGGGCCUGGAGUUAUUUAGGGCCCAUAUAAUAAGUGAUCAGAAAGUACAGAAUAAGACAAUCGACGGCAUUCUCCUCCUGAUAGAACGGGAAAGGAAUGGUGAAGCCAUUGAUAGGAGUUUACUUCGAAGCCUCUUAAGCAUGCUUUCUGAUUUGCAAAUUUACCAAGAUUCUUUCGAACAACGAUUUCUGGAAGAAACUAACAGGCUCUAUGCAGCUGAAGGCCAAAAACUAAUGCAGGAAAGAGAGGUUCCGGAGUAUCUUCAUCACGUUAACAAACGUCUAGAAGAAGAAGCAGAUAGACUUAUUACUUACUUAGAUCAGACCACCCAGAAAUCAUUAAUCGCUACUGUAGAAAAGCAACUUCUUGGUGAACACUUAGCAGCAAUUCUUCAGAAAGGUUUAACUAAUCUCCUUGAUGAAAACCGGAUUCAAGAAUUAUCUCUACUUUAUCAGCUUUUCAGUAGAGUUCGAGGUGGAGUUCAGGUUCUGUUACAACAAUGGAUCGAAUACAUUAAGGCAUUUGGCAGCACCAUUGUAAUUAAUCCUGAGAAAGAUAAAACCAUGGUUCAAGAAUUGCUGGAUUUUAAAGAUAAAGUUGACCACAUAAUUGAUAUUUGUUUUAUGAAGAAUGAAAAAUUCAUUAAUGCCAUGAAAGAAGCAUUUGAAACAUUUAUUAACAAAAGACCGAACAAACCUGCUGAACUGAUAGCUAAGCAUGUAGAUUCAAAGCUUCGUGCUGGCAACAAAGAAGCCACAGAUGAAGAACUUGAAAAAAUGUUAGAUAAAAUUAUGAUCAUUUUUAGAUUUAUCUAUGGUAAGGAUGUUUUUGAGGCCUUCUAUAAGAAAGAUUUAGCCAAACGCCUGUUAGUUGGGAAGAGUGCAUCUGUAGAUGCUGAAAAAUCAAUGUUGUCCAAACUUAAGCACGAAUGUGGAGCUGCUUUUACUAGCAAACUUGAAGGAAUGUUUAAAGACAUGGAACUCUCAAAAGACAUCAUGAUUCAGUUCAAACAGGUAAGAUAUAUGCAGAAUCAGAAUGUACCUGGGAAUAUUGAACUAACUGUGAAUAUUCUGACAAUGGGUUAUUGGCCAACUUAUAUCCCUAUGGAAGUUCAUUUACCACCAGAGAUGGUAAAACUACAGGAGAUUUUUAAGACAUUUUACCUGGGUAAACAUAGUGGCCGAAAACUUCAGUGGCAGUCAACACUGGGCCACUGUGUACUAAAAGCUGAUUUUAAAGAAGGCAAAAAAGAACUCCAGGUCUCUCUCUUCCAAACUUUGGUGCUGCUAAUGUUUAAUGAGGGAGAGGAUUUUAGUUUAGAAGAGAUAAAGCAGGCUACUGGAAUAGAGGAUGGAGAAUUACGGAGAACACUGCAGUCAUUGGCUUGUGGCAAAGCCAGAGUUCUGGCAAAAUAUCCUAAGGGCAAAGAUAUAGAAGAUGGAGACAGGUUUAUUUGCAAUGAUGAUUUCAAACACAAACUCUUUAGGAUAAAGAUCAAUCAGAUCCAGAUGAAAGAAACGGUUGAAGAGCAAGCAAGUACUACAGAGAGAGUAUUUCAAGACAGACAAUAUCAAAUUGAUGCUGCGAUUGUUCGAAUUAUGAAGAUGAGAAAGACCCUUAGCCACAAUCUCCUUGUUUCAGAAGUAUACAAUCAGUUGAAAUUUCCAGUAAAGCCUGCUGAUCUGAAAAAGAGAAUAGAAUCAUUAAUCGACCGAGAUUACAUGGAAAGAGAUAAGGAAAAUCCGAACCAGUACAACUACAUCGCAUAAAAUAUUGGCCUUGGGAGAGGAGCAUUUGUUUGUUAAGCCAGUGGAUAACUAAUCAGUUGAUCCUGUAUUAUUUGACUUCUUUUAUACUACGGAUGACCAAAUGAAGCAUCGUAAUGGAGUAGUUGAGGUGGACUUUUUCAGUGGUUAACAUGCCCAAUUAAAGAGUAAUACUUACCUUUACGAAGAAUGUUGUUGAACUCUUUGCAUGUUAUUUAGUAUGAUGUGCAGAAAAUCCUUAAGAAAGUACCUGGUCUUCAUUAUUCCUCUUUGGAACUGGGGAAGAGGUCCCUAUGCCUAAUAAAACAGAGAAAGGGGUUCUUAUACACCAUUAAUUAUUAAGCAAAAGGUUUAUUUGCUUAAAAUGUCAUUUAAAGAUACUUAAACUGCAUGCAGACUUUAUUUACUGUACAGAGUUCUGGAUGUAUUUAUCAAAUAGAAAAACCACCCUGAACUUGGUUGUUAACCUGUUUUGUGAUUUCCCUUGAAAAGAAAAGAGUUGUCAUAGAUAAUUGAUAUUUUACUAGGUAUUGUUCUGUUACAUUGAAAGGGAUUUGGGGAAAAAGCUUAUUUGAAAAUAACUUUUCAAGCAGAGGGACAGUUGCUUAUAUAAUCUUUUAUAUAUAUACACAUCCUAGAAUUUUCUCCUGAUUAUGGGAUGUGUGUAUAUAACUUAAACCCUGAGUUGGUUGUGCUAAUUAAAACAGGUACUUACAAAAAUAGCUGAAAUUGCUGAUGGGAUUAUAACUAGAAGAAUAUGAUAGGAGAGAAAAAUCCAGCUCUUCAUAUUUAAAAUAAAUACUAUUUGAACAUUGCAAAAGAGACCAAAACCCACAUGUUUUGUAAAGUUUUACAAGAACAAAACUUAAAUGACUAGUUCUCAACUUCCUUUUAAUUGUUGUUUGGUCAGUUUUGUCUUUAACUUGGACCAAUUGUAGAUUGUACAGGCUUCCUAGGAUUUAGCAUUCCUUUUUACCAAAGUUUUUUUUAUGGGGGGGAAGCAUCCCAACUCUCCCCUUUGUUGGUAACAAAGCCUUUUCUAUUUUCAUUCAAACUUUCUGAAACCUUUCGUAUAAGUCUUUUCUCAUUUUCCUCACAUUGCCCCUAGUUGACAUUUUCAAAUUCUGGUCUUGCUCCUUUCAACACUGUUUACCGAUAAAAUUUCUCAUGGCCGCUGGACACCUUUCAAGGAAAUGACCAAGGAUUGUUCAUACAUAGAAAAUAGCAAAAGUGGUGUUCUCCAAAAUGAUGCUGUGUCAGUGGUUUUUUUUUUAAUUAUUACUAUUAUUCCUUGUUUAUUUUCCCUUGAAACUUUGAAGGAAGGAAAAGCAAAAUAAAGUUUUGUUUGACUUUUAAAAUCUGGACAGCUUUAAUACUUUUUGCAGCCACAUAUAUCUUAGACUAUUUGGAGCCAUUAGGAAACACCUAGGUCCUCACCUUCGCUAGAGACUUUUGGUUCUAGUGUCUACAGUUGUUUCUUGAAGUCUUGAGAUCAGCUAUAAAAAGUUGCCUGUUUCUAAUUGUACCAACUUGCACACUAAUAUUCUGUGGUCCUAGAAUCACUUCCUCGUGUUUUUUGGACUUGCCUAUAUUUUCAUAGCUCCUCCUGGGUCUCUUAUAUGAGCUUAUUGGAGGACAUUGACCUAUUCCCCCUUCUCAUGGACCGUCUGUGCCAGUGUUGGGAUCUCUCUUCUGUGGUCUGAAAGAUGUAGUAGACCUACAUCACAAAACCUGAUAGUUAUUCUUCGGGAACUUUUCCAUAGUCUUGGUCCUAUUAGAGACUUACCACUGGAAGCUGUUCCCUUCCUUCCUCGAGGCUUUUCAUUUUUCAAAAACUUGAUACUGUUUCAACUGAAAAUUGGUGAGGCUAUUAAACAAGUUUGAGGGGAGCUGUCUAUGAGAAAUUGAGAAGUCAUGCAAGCAACAUGAAUUGUGACUUUUGGUUCGUUGUUCUGUAUCAAUUGAAUUUUUGUGCUCUUUUCCCUGUGUACGUGGUGGUUCUAUUUUUCUCCAAUAAAAAGUUUUAUUUAAAAAAA